GCCUCAAAAUGCGUGCAAACAGUGAACGUUAACAACCCGGUGGGACGGAGGGAGUAGUAAAUUUCAAUGGAUUUUAUAUCAAACUGUCACCCGGUUGUAUCAGAAUAUCUCACUUGACCCACUCAUCUCAUUGGGGACUCAUUUAAGCCACUAUAAAUACCUUCCACGUUAGUGUAGUAGUAUUCUCAUAUAUUGCGUAUUAUACUAUGGCAAGAGCUACAAAGGUGGAGAAAUACAGGGACUUGCUGGAUCCAGAGAAUGUGAAAGACGUUGUUUGGAGGUUUGGAGCUCCUCCAAACUAUGAUGUUGUUGAUAAGCUUUUUGAACAAGGCCGAACUAAGAUAUGGGCAGCGGGUUCAUUGGAAGAAAAAGUGCAGAAGCUUGUGAAGACGUGGGAGAUGGAGAUGUUUCACAAAACCCGACCGGAAGACUUCAAAACUGUUGAUACACAGAAGUUUACUCUAAGCGUGAACGGAAGGCAAGGCCUUACAAUGGGUGACAUAAAAAGGAUCAAGGGAGGAUACAAUGCUAUGCUACAAACACAACUCCCUGAACAUUAUCGCGUCUACAAUCCGGCUGAGGAAUCAGCUGAUUCAUCUCAUGUUGUUUUCACCACAGCAUUUCCUCGGGGAUUUGCUCUAGAGAUUCUCCAUGUAUAUGCAGGACCGCCCGUGAUUGUGUACAAGUUCAGACACUGGGGUUUCGUGGAAGGUCCUUUUAAAGGCCAUGCCCCUACUGGAGAAAAAGCAGAGUUUCAGGGAAUUGGCAUUUUUGAGUUGGAUGAAAACUCCAAGAUCUUCAAGGUGGAGCUUUUUCACGACAGGGGAGAACUUCUCGGAGGUCUGGUAAAGGGUGAAAAGACUACUGAUUCUACUGGUGGAAUGGCUUCAAGCUGCCCUGUUAUGAGGACAGGAUAACCUCUACAAUAAACUGAUGAAUAUUUCAUAAUGCAUCUUCAUAAUAUGUAUUCUGCCUUCAUGUAUUGUAUUACUGCAAUUUGGCAUUUCUUGAAGCUUUUGUAACAAAAUCAGUUAAACUCAUCUUAAGUGAUGCAUUUUAUUCCUAGCUUGACUACAUUCUGCAGCUACCUUAUAUCAUCAUUUUGUGUAAAUCAUUCUUUGCGGAAACAGCCUCU